AUGUUCCACCUAAUACGUCGCCUUGUGGUGGUCGCAGCUGCUUGUCAGUAUAUCGAGAUUUCUAUGCUUGCUACCUGGCGUACGAUCGAGGUCUUGCGUUCGACGGCGAGCCCCACCGAGUCUUUCGGAACUCUCACUGCGUCUUUCAUUGGCGACUACGUUGGAGACGGUCGUAUUUGGGACAGUCGAUUAGUACAAAAAACUUUGAAUGGAGAUACUACACCGCGCAAUUAUACAAUAUUUCUUGAGUCGGAAACGAAGAUAUCUACUGAAAAUUGCUCUGAGAUUUUUCUCUUCAACCCUGAAAUUUACAACUACCAUUUCUUGACUCACGGGUACUUGGAGAUGGUGCGCGAUACCAGCUACAACACCAGCGUCCUGGCGGACCUGGAGCUGGUUGUCGUGGUGGUAGACUGCAGUUUCACAGCGCUUGUGUCCGGAGAUCCCUCGGUUGUGCGGAUUUUCAACUUGGUUCGGUCACGUCAUGACUCGAGCGAUCUGUACUUGGUCACCAUCUCGUUAUCGGUGCAAGACUACGAGAUUCCAGAUCAAAACAAGAACGGCCCAGCUUUAUUAGGCAUGCUCUCAGUGGUCAAUGACAUGCGUGCAGACACUAUAGAACAGCUUUAUAUGGUCGCGCCGACGUAUCCAUUCCAGCGAUCUCUCGAAUUCGAGAUCUACGACUUUGUAGGUCUAACCAACGACAGCCAUCUAGAGCUACGAAGUAUCCCACUAGACCCUCUCUCCCAACCCGUAUCUACUCUGUUCACGUCUCGGAAUCGAGGCUUCUACGAUGGUGCAGUCCAGUCGAACACUCACUCCAUGUACUCGCUGCUAGAUACCGCAGAUACCAAGAGUAUGUUGGCACACUGGGACUGGUCUGGGGAGACUAUAAUCGCUGAUUCCUGGGCGUGGGUGCACGGGAUUCACCUUGUUUUCGGGAUGCAGACCGUCUAUUCCCUCCUUUUACUGCUCCUCGUGACGUAUCAGAACAUCCGCACUGGGAAAAUCUGGAUUGGAGCGCCAUUUGCAGCAGUGUCGACUACAACUCUGGUCUCGCGUGGGUUUCUAGUGAUGAUCUCGUGGUAUGUGAACUCGUUCUGGACUUUGUACGAGUUUGCGCUAUCUAAUGCUGCAAAGUUAUCCGGACACGAAAGUGUCCACGUCCACAAAGAGCUCGUUCACGCUGACGUCCUCGUCGUUUAUCUGGGUAUUGUAGCGUUUCUAAGCUGGAUUAUUCGUGAACGGAUUGACCCUGCUAUUGCAAUAUUUCUGUUUGAAAUCAUUCACAAGCACAGGCUCAGCUUCAUCAAGAUAUCGCCGCCCAUUCUAAACAAGAUUAUAACGUACUCGGACAGCGUCUUUCAGCUCGGUAAAGCUCAAGUGUCGUCGAGUGCUAAUGACCUGUCGCCGUUAGAUUUCUGGUCCACGUUCCAGAUUCCUAAAAAAGACGGUACUUUUCUGGCAGCGUCAUUUUUCCCGAAGAUCAGCUUAUUAGGGCUCAUCGUAUGCUACGCUCUGUUACGCAAACUCUAUCGACAUUUCUAUCCGGAACCCAUUCAUCAAAGCUUUUCGAGUCAAAGCAAGAACCAGUCGGCGAAUGAGAAGACAGCGCUGACACUUAAAGGCACGCUAACCAAAUUUGAGAUCUCGACUGGUGCCGAACUUCAGACCCGCUUUGGGGUUAUUUCCGACUAUAAGAACUAUGUCUAUUUUAAAGGGAUGAAGUUCGCGUCUGCAGAUGGAGUGUACUGCUCCGGGUAUGUUAUUGUACAUGGUAAAUUUCUGGUAAAGUCGAAGGAUCUUUUGGCCAUUGCGAUGAUCAAACUCGUCCGCGCUCGCUUCACGAAUGUAUACGUGUAUGAAGUGGAAGGCAACACGGUCAAGGAGACAGCCAGACUUGUAUACCCGGUAACUUUUGCAUGGUCGGAUUUGUGGCGACUCAAUGUUACAGUGUUGCUGUAA